AUGGGGCCCAACUGUGGACAGGUGUCUCGCAACCAAAUAUACCGUUCGGGCAGGUACAAUGACGACCACUGUGAGUACAGACAUGUUGUUCUGGCCCGGGAAAUGGCAAAACCUGUUCCGAGAUCGCACCUGAUGCCCUAAGACGCGUGGAGACAGCUGGCAGUGCAGCAGUCCCGAGGAUGGGUCCACUUCAUGAUACGUGAACCAGAGCCCCACAUCCUCUUCUUCAGAAGAUCUCUAUCAAAGAACUGACACGACCCGACUGGCACUCUUCUGGAAGACUCCUCCAGUGAUUUUUAGAAAUCAGUGGAUACGCUCUAGCUUUGGUAGUUAUUGUCUGCUGUGCAGUAGCUGUAUUUUCUCAGCCAAGGAGCGCGGUUUCUACGAAGAUGUGGACCUUGGUCUGACCUUGUUGCUCAGCGCAGCACGUAGAAUCCAACUGGUCCGGCGGCUGUCAGACAACACUACAUUCAAAGUGUCUGAUUUACCGUCUUAAAUAAUCCACGACAUUUCUGUUUCUCAUCUAUGCCCGGUGAUAUUUCAUAGCAGUUUGCAUUAGUUUAAGUUGACAACAUUCAUUUCAUGGAGUCAGGAGAAACAGAACUGUUGUGUGCUAGAAUCAGCAAGUUGCGAGUGGACUGAAUUUGUGGAUGAUGCAAAUAGAAAAUACCUUCAACAGUAAUGCUGCUUUUUUCUCUCUAACAUGUAACUUUGUCAUGACCUAUUUGAUAAACAAUGAACUAUCUACAACA